AUGACCUUUACUCAGUUCCCACAUUCUCUUGCUUUUCUCAAGAACAAAAAGUCCUCAAUCUCCGAGAAGACCUUUUUUCCUCCUCCCUCGACUCCCGCCAGCCGAGGACUAAUGACGCCUGGCUCCAUGACUCCCGGUACCAUGACUCCCGGUACCAUGACUCCCGGUACCAUGACUCCAGGUACCAUGACUCCCGGAUCCAGCGACAUGGGAAAGCAGAUUCAGACAACCCUUCCUUACCCUGUAGCGAACAGCAACAACGUCUCAAUUACCGAUGCCAUAGGAAAAGAACGCCAACCUCGACCAGGGCUUGGGGGAUAUCUGCUUAGUGAGAUUGACACGAGCUGGACGGAUAUUACGCUGAUUAUCUGUGGUUUCAUUAGUGGUCUGGUGGAUGGCCUUUCGUUCAACUACUGGAAGAGUUUCUCGGACAUGCAAACAGGAAAUCUCAUCUGGGCCGCCCUCGCAGUAGGCGGCAAACCCAAUGAUCCUGAAGGCCUCUGGAUCAAAGCCCUCAUUGCCGUCGCUGCCUUCCUCGUCGGCUCCGUAUGCUUCAUCCAAGGCUCCCGCAUCCUCGGCCCUCGCCGCCGCAUCAACUUGAUCUUCGCCUUCCUCCUCCAAACAUUACUCCUCAUGGGCGCAGCCAUCAUGGCCGAGCGUCAUGCCAUCAGCAGCAUCCCCAAUCAGAACCCGACCAUCUGGCUGCAAAACGUCGCCAUCGCCUUCCUGGCCUUCCAAGCAGCCGGCCAGAUCCUCGCCUCCAAAUGGCUGGGCUACCCGGAGAUCCCGACCGUCGCGUUGACGGCGCUGAUGUGUGACCUGCUGCUCGAUGAUAAACUGUUCCAGUGGCCGUUGGGCGCCAAUCCGAAGCGUAACCGCAAGUUCGGGUUCAUUAUUGUAUUGACGGUUGGGUCGAUGACUGCUGGUGGGAUUGCAAAAGAGCGUGGCUUGGCUUGUGGGUUGUGGUUGGCAAUGGCUAUGAAGGGGGCACUCACGGUGGCAUUCUUUUUCUGGAAGGAGAAGCCGCCUGUGAAGGAGGCAGGUUUGGCAUAA